CUGAGGUCAGAGUUCACGCAUCCGCCUUGGGUUCCACAGAGCAUACCCGACCGUCCCGUGCGUGCGAGGCGAACCGCCGUCCGCCGACGUCUGCCGCCCGGCUUUUAUUGUUUGCUCGGCCACUGCGCGAGUGCCUGGCGCGUCACCUUGAUCGACGAGCGGCUGGAAUUUAAAUAGCCACUCAAACGGCAAUCUGUCAGCGGCUGAGAGGAUCAGCUCAAGUGUCUCACUGGCUGACCCGGACCCACGUGACCACUCCCGUUCAUUGAUGUCGGUCAGCGCCCUCCUUUAACCCCCCCAAACCCCCCACCCCCUCACCCUUCUCCUGUUAUCAGAGUAUAGGUAAAUGUUGGCACGGUCACUCGGGGUAAGAGAGGAGAGAUCAGAGGUGCUCCGGGCGCUCCCUGGCUCCAAUAUGCCACAAUGAGCACUUUCUUAGAUUAUUCGCUCAUGAGCGGUGAGGGUGGCUCGUGUUCCGUCAGAGCGUUCCACCCGGAUCACGGGAUUACAACUUUCCAGUCGUGCUCCGUGACAGUGAACAAUUGCGGCGCGGAUGAGCACUUCAUGGCUAGCAGGGCUUCCCCGGACGACUCCCCCCACCACCACCACCAGCACCAGCAGCCGGGCUCGUACCAGCCCCCCGCGGGGAAUUUGGGGCUCCCUUACCCGCCCUGCGGCUCGGGCUACGGCGCGCAAAGUUUCUGCGCGUCCUACAACCAUUACGCGCUCAACCAGGAAGUCGAUUCCACCGCGGCGUUCCCACAGUGCGGCCCGCUCGUGUACUCGGGUAACCUUUCUACGUCAGUGGUGGCGCAGCAUCGCCAGGGUUACAGUGCAGCCCCUUUGGGUCAAUUGCAGUAUGCCCACCCGGCAUACGGAGGGGGGCACGAGCAAGCCACCCCGUUCCCAGGCUGCUCAAACUCUCUCUCCCCUCUGCACGCGGCUCACCUGGAGGGAUGCUGUUCCCCUCUGUCGGAGGGAGCCUCCAUCGCUCAGACCUUCGAUUGGAUGAAAGUCAAGAGGAAUCCCCCCAAAAUAGGGAGGUCAGGUGAGUACGGCUACGGAAGUCAGCCCAACACGGUGCGGACCAACUUCACCACCAAGCAGCUGACUGAGCUGGAGAAGGAGUUCCACUUUAACAAGUACCUGACCCGAGCGCGGCGCGUGGAGAUCGCCGCCACGCUGCAACUGAAUGAGACUCAAGUGAAAAUCUGGUUCCAGAACCGUAGGAUGAAGCAGAAGAAGCGGGAGAAAGAAGGGCUCCUCCCGGUCAAGGCCGUGCCCUCUGACCCCGGCGAGCGCCUUCAAAAGAAAAUGGACGACGCUGCCUCGGAUAAGUCGGUUUCGGCUCCUUCGACCCCCUCCCCUCCUUCCUCCGCUGGGGCGGACCCUUACUGCUCCAAUUAAAAGCCACUCGCCUCCUUCCCAAAGCAGCCAAACUCCUGCGUUACCAAAUGGACAUGUUGGAGGAACUCGUGCACUUUUUGGAAAUGCAGGCAAAGCGAACCGUGGGAUGUCGACGUCUUUUUUAUUGUGCGUCCACGUAAUUAUCCAGAAAAUGUGCAGUAUUUACUUCUUUGGACCUUACCUCCAAUCUGCCAAAGUCACAACAAUCAUCAUAAUCCACAUCUCUGCGCCUAUUAUGUGAAUGUCUUGUGUAAGAGCCGCAUGGUGCGUUCACGUGUUAUCGGUAUGCUGAGUUUUAUCAGUUUCGCCUGUCACGUGUUGCCGGCUUCUAUUUGUAUAUUAACCGAGCACAUACCUCAAACGUUUACGGGUCAGUCAUACGGAUUAUUAAA